ACACACCACGUCAGACAGUUACUGAAUUUUCCAGUUCCACGUACCCUUGCUCUCACUAUGGCCAAAGGGACCAUAUUUUUGAUGCUACUGGUAUGCCUUUGGGCACAAGUCCUUAUCUUCUCAGCUGCUACUGAAGGGAACGAUGGUGGCCGUACUGUGCCCACCACCAGUGGGGAUGUCCGGGGAACUGUACAGUACAUCAACGACCUACCGGACAAGCCGAUCUACACCUUCCUUGGGAUCCCGUACGCAGCGCCCCCUGUCGGAAACCUGCGGUUCAGCGCACCCCAGCCCGCGGCUCCGUGGGAGGGAGUCAGGGACGCUACAAAACUCGGUCCCUUCUGUCCGCAAGGUCAAGUUGUCUUUCAGAUCUUCCCAUUCAAGUUUGAGCACCACAAUAUGGACGAAGACUGCCUGUCGCUGAACAUCGAAACGCCAACUGUUGAAAAAGAUGCCAAAUUGCCUGUAAUGUUGUGGAUUCACGGAGGGGGCCUGUCCAUGGGGAUGGGACAUGUCGUGCCCUUUGCCGCCCUGGCUGCUAAGCAAGACGUCGUGGUGGUCAAUAUCAACUAUCGUCUGGGCGCGCUGGGCUUCCUCAGCACUGGGGACGAGAACGCCCCUGGGAACGUUGGUUUCCUGGAUCAGGUCGAGGCAAUGAUCUGGGUGAAGGAAAACAUUCAAAACUUUGGAGGGGAUCCGGACAGGGUCACCAUUUUCGGCGAGUCCGCCGGUGGCUUGAGCGUUAGUUAUCAGGUCGCUUCCCCUCUUGGUAAGGGUCUUUUCCAGCGCGCUAUCUCUCAAAGCGGCACCUAUAGCACAAUGGAAGUCCUGCCGAAACCUUUGGAGUUGGCCGCAAAGUUGGCAAAAGAGGUUGGAUGUGAUGCGAAGGAUUCAGCUUCCCUGGUAGACUGUCUGAGGCAAAAGACUGCAGACGAAAUCUUGGAAGGUUCUCUACGAAUGAUGAAGAUGGGCAGUGGUGAAAUGGGGGAAUAUUUCGGGCCCGUGCUUGACGGCAACUUUCUUCCGGAGCACCCCAAAGAUCUGUACCACGACGGUCAAGCAAAUGCUGUAGAGUAUCUCCUCGGAGUCAACAACCACGAGUUCGGAUUUGUGAUGCCGUCCUUGACAGGCCCUUUAGGUUUCGGGCAAGGGAUGACAGAGGACGCUUUCCUCCACGAGCUAGAGAAACUCAUAGACAGAACCUACCAGGGGGCUAAGAAGGACAGUGUCAUAGCAGCUGCUAGGGAAGUUUACCGUUACAAUCCAGACGACCCAAUGGCCGUGCAGCACCAGUACACACUAUUUGCUGGCGACCAGAUGUUCGUGGCUCCAACGGUGGACACCGCAAACAAACACGCAGCAUCUGGGUCUAAUGUUUACCUGUACGAGAACCACUACGUGCAUUCGGCGAGCGCUGCCACCCGACCGGAGUGGGUGGGGUGUGACCAUGGAGAUGACACGACCAGUAUGUCCGGAUGGCCCUUCAUUGACGUACAUCUAGCAGCCGGAGGCGUAAUUCCAAACACAGCGGAUGACAAGAAGUUCAGCGCGGACAUGAUGGCUUUCUGGGCUAAUUUUGCCCGAACCGGGGACCCGUCUGACCAUACCGGCGGCCCAGCUGAUAGCCCAGCUGUACCGGAGUGGCCCCAGUAUACACCUGUCAACCCAGCCUACAUGAACCUGGAUAUGACGUCAUCUAGUGACGUAGGGCUGCACCCUGACAGGAUGGCACUCUGGAAUGACGUCAUUCCUAAACUUGUGGCAUCGUCCGAUAAGGAGGAAUUAUAGCCCGAUGAUUUUACAAUAAUUAUUACAUAUGACAUAGAUCUAAUGUUUUUUUGUUCAAUCAAAAACUAUAAUUUUCAGAUAAUUCAAUACACCAAAAAUGUAGCUAUAGAAUUUUAUCUUUUGGGAAUAAUAUGGCCAUUGCUCUUUAACAUAACACAAGAUGAUAAAUGAUACCAUUAUGGAAACGCACUAGUAUAUAAUUGUUUAUUCCUUUUUUAGUAGUUGUUGUGCAAUUUAAGAUUUUGCAAUUUCUAAACGUGAAAAAUGCGUUAUGGUGUACUGCUACUGUCAUCAACAUGUACGUCAUGGUUUUCUGAUUCAUGUAAAGUCAUAAUAAUACUACUAAUAAUUUUCCAUAACAAUUUUUAAAACUGGACAGCGUGGCAAAUAAAGUAGUGACGAAAAUAAAUGAAACGGAUGCAUUA